AUUAGGCUUCGAUGCGGAGCUAAGAAGUUAUUGUCUUUAUGAUUAAUUAUAAUUAUUAUUUUUAUCUGCCAAAAAAUUGUAGAAGCUUUCGGUUACUCAUUACUUGCGCUUUAAAAUCGUGUAUUGUUGAUGUUGUGCCGAGAAGAUAUUGUUUUUAUUAGUAAAUAAAAACUGUUAAGAAAAAUACAUAAAGCACUCCGUAUAUUUCAAUGUUCACUAUAAACAAUCCUCUUUUCAAAAUGUUUCUUUAUCCGUACUUGAUGAUUUGUUUAUGUUUAAUUCCAAAUGAAAUUGAUUGUGAAACAUCGAAGGACAGUUUUAGUGGUAUUGUCGUUCACGACAAAAGAUGGUUACAAUUUUUGAAUAGCCUAUCUCUAUCGACUCCCCCACUCACCCAAGUUAAAAUCGAUCAGUUGUCCGGCGGCCAAACGAAAUCCAAAAGGAGUCAAGCGGCUUACUUGCGAAAAAUUAAAGAAUUGAAAUGCGUGUAUGGAGGAAUCGUACAAGCGAUGUUUGAAUACCUAAACAAAGUAAUGACAAAUGCUUGCAACGAUCACAUUCCAACUGAAGCGAUGAACUUGUAUGGUAUUAUCGAAGCCGUGCACAUCUUCGAACAAUUUCAAGUAUAUAUUGCCAAAAUGUUUUCAGUUUUAAAAGUUGCCAACGAGCGUGCCUUCGCUUGGAUGUGGGACGUUUACUUUAUGCUAAGCAUGGCGGUCGAAACGAAAGAGCUCGGCAAGUUUGUUUCGGAUUUCAAAGUCGACGUCCGUUUGAAAACAGUUAUCGAAACAUUUACCCGUUCUUGUAACAAGUGGAAGCAUCUGAAACCCAUAAACAUAUCUAUUGAACAACACGAAGCGGUUACCGCCGAGAAGAUCCUUGGCAAUGGCUUAUCGGAUGUGAAAUUGGCACAUGACCAAAACGAAUGCCCUCUUUAUGAGUUUGUGUAUCAGUAUGCCGGAGGUAUUGAAUUAUCUAAAAUGGUGGAUGCUCAGUUAAAGAACGACCGGGACUUUGAUCAUACCCUUGCCCUUGGUUGA